UGGAUUGGAUGCUCAUUACAUUUCAUUACAUUCCUUCACAAUUUUAUGAACUGGAUUCCAUUUAUCAUCCUCUUCUUCAUGACCUCAUACUCCUUCUACUACUAAUACCACUACAUACUUUCUCAACCAGAAAACUAAACUCCAUAGAUCUAAGAUCUGAUUCUCCUCUUUCAUACACAUUCUUUUUAUUAACAAUUCUGCUCCUCUCUAUCUCUCUCUAUCCCCAUUUUCAACCAUUCCAGCCUUUCUUUCACAUUCAAUUCCACCGAUUCGAUCCGCGGCUACCAGUGUGAAUCGCAAGUAAUUAUGUCGAGGAGACAAACAGGAUCAACUCGGCGCAAUGGAAACGCCUUUCCCUUCACAGGAGCCUUCUUACAUUCGAAAUCUAAAACGUCCCCUUUAUUAUCCGUUGGCCUAGUUCUUGUGGGAGCUUUUCUUCUAAUUGGCUAUGCUUAUAGUGGCUCAGUUUUCAAAAGUGACAAGGCAGCAACAGUUAGUAGGGUUGAAGGUGACUUUUCUUGCACGUUAGAUGUUCAGAGAGCAAUACCUGUUCUGAAAAAAGCAUACGGUGACAGUAUGCACAAAGUUUUGCAUGUUGGCCCUGAUACUUGCACAGUUGUAUCCUCAUUAUUAAAAGAAGAGGAAACUGAAGCUUGGGGUAUGGAACCAUAUGACGUAGAGGAUGCUGAUAGUAGUUGCAAGAGACUUGUACAGAAAGGCAUUGUCCGCGUGGCUGAUCUCAAAUUUCCAUUACCCUACAGAGCAAAGUCGUUUUCUCUUGUUAUUGUGUCUGAUGCUUUGGACUACCUGUCUCCAAAAUAUUUGAACAGGACUCUUCCAGAGUUGGCCAGGGUAUCUGCUGAUGGUAUUGUUAUUUUUGCAGGUUACCCUGGUAAACAAAGAGCAAAUAUUCCUGAGUUAUCCAAAUUUGGACGUCCUGCCAAAAUGAGGAGCUCAUCAUGGUGGAUUCGAUUUUUUGUUUCGACAAGCUUAGAAGAAAACGAAGUUGUCAUCAAAAAGUUUGAGCAAGCUGCAUCAAAGAGUGCAUAUCAGCCAAGCUGUCAAGUGUUCCACCUCAAGUCCUUCAAUUGAUUAAAGAAUUAUAACGAUAGUUUCUUCACUAUUUUUCAUGGCCACAGGAGAGGUUAAGCUGGCAUUCAAAGUGCCCCUCUUUCCAUUCAUUAUAUUGCACUACAAGAAAGGUUAAAGUAAUAAACUAUCCAAAUACUGUUAAUCUCAUAGUCGAUGUUUAUUAAUUUUAUUGAUGGAAAUAUAGCCUGAAUUGUAUUAUUAUAUACUUCAAUCUAUUUAUUACACGCGAUUUUUGUUCAUUGCUUUA